UUUGACAUGACACACCAUCCAAUUCGCAGCGGCAAUACGACCAUUGGACAAAAAAGUGAGAGACGAAUUAAAGUGCGAAAUUUCUUCAUUACAUUUCUUAAUUUUUGCUUGCAAAAUGCAAAAUUACGUUUUGCUAAUUGUGUGAACGAGAACGAAUAAAUAAAGAGUUUUUAAUAAAGCUUAUUGAAUAGUGUACGCGUGUAUUGCAAGGGAAAUAUAUAUUUUGCAGAGCUUGUGUUGAAUCGGCAAGUUCUUCGCUUUGCUUAUUUUUUUAUCAUCAAAUGUGCAACUCGAUUUUCUUUUAAUCUAUAAUAAAAGUUACAAAGAUACACUCUUCCAAUUAUUAUAAUAUAGUGUUCUGUGUAUUUCCGGCAAUUAUCAUGAAAUAAGUCAUACCAAUGUGAUUGUGGCUAAAACAAAAGUAAUAAAUAAUCUUGUGUGGAAUGUUUGACAUUCAAUUAUUACACUGUUUCAACGAAGUUAACCACGAAAAAAUUUACACCUUUUAAAAGUUAUACAUAUUGGUUAUCCAUUUAAAUACCAUAUUUUAAAGAAUAUUAUAAAUUGUUAAACGAACCGAAAACGUGAAAAGAUGACUUCAACUACUAAUAGAAAUGAUACAACAACGAGUACUUGUGACAGCGAUAAUGUGGGAAGCACCAUAGCGGCAGGUAAUGCCAACGGGAGCGGCAGCGGCACCAUAGAAGCUGAGUAUAAUAGAAUUGCUGAUCGACAAGGCUGGCAUAGGUGCUACCAGGAAAUUCGUGAUCACUGUGAACGUGAAGCUAGUGAAAAACAGUUUGGCACUAUUGAAUCGGAAAAACCUUACAAUCGCUGCCUAAACAGAUACAGAGAUGUUAACCCGUACGAUCACUCUCGCAUCAUUAUACAUAGGGGCAGUGUAGACUAUAUAAAUGCAAAUCUUGUUCAGCUGGAACGUGCCGAUCGCAAAUAUAUUUUAACACAAGGGCCGCUAGUGGACACCGUCGGCCACUUUUGGUUAAUGGUUUGGGAACAAAAUACUAAAGCCAUUCUAAUGUUGAACAAAUUAAUGGAAAAGAAACAAGUUAAAUGUCAUCACUAUUGGCCAGACAGAAAGGGUCCUGAGAAUGCAUUGAGAUUAGAAGAAGUUGAUUUGACCGUUGAGUUUCUACGUUGCGAAGAAUAUAAGAAUUUCUGUCGCAGAUGGUUCAAGCUAACAGAUCUGGAAACAAAUACCAGCCGUGAAAUACUGCAAUUUCACUACACAACAUGGCCAGACUUUGGCAUUCCUAGUUCACCAGUAGCGUUUCUACAGUUUCUAAAACAAGUGCGGGACUCAGGCGCACUCGAUGCCGAUGUGGGACCAGCAGUUGUGCAUUGCAGUGCCGGUAUUGGUCGUUCUGGCACAUUUUGUUUAGUUGACUGCUGUUUAGUACUGAUCGAGAAGGAAGGCGAAGCGAAUGUUUCUGUGCAGGAUGUGCUUUUUGAGCUGCGCAGAUAUCGCAUGGGCUUAAUACAGACUGCAGAUCAAUUAUUUUUCUCUUAUCAAUCAAUCAUAGAGGGUAUUAAAUUGCUCAAAGAUCCAGAAUUUCUAAAUUACAAAGAAACCCCAAUUACCAGCAGUGACAGUGCAGAUGAACAGUAUGUUACAGAUAUAAUAGCUAGUGGCGAUGUUCCACCACCGUUGCCACCACGCACACAUUCCCUAACACCACUGCCAAUGGCCGGUUGUAGCCCUGCCGGUUCAUUAACGUUGAACCUACAUGGUAAACCAUUACCAAAAAUACCAGCCAGUGAAAGUUUUAACGAGGAAUUAUACGCACUCACCGACAAUGCAAAUCACACCAGCAAGGAUGCAUUGAAUAAUUUCAUAAACAAUGAAAAAACAGCUGAUAGUUUGUCAAAUCGACCGCUGCCACCUUUACCACAACAGCCUCAAAUCACUGAAGCCUCAUUUGAUCAUGUGUAUGGAUCAGAGAGUGAUGAAAAUGAAUGUUUCGAAAAUGAUGAAAGUGACGACGACGACGAUAAUGAUGAACAAAUUAAUGAACAAAACGAUGACAAAGCGGACGAUAUGAAAAACGCUAACGCUGUCCAUGAACGGAGUAUAAGCAGUGAACGGGCAAGCGGCGGUGGUGGCGGAGGCGGCUUUAAUGAGCAAUUGGACGAAGUUAAAUUAAACGGCACCGAUGUUACAUAUAGUAAUUCAAACACAGUCGGAAGUCCCGAAAAUGAGUUGAAGCGACGAAAACGUGCCGAACGACAGGCAAUUAUCGAGCACAAAGUGAACGAGAUCAAGCGAAAACAGCGCGAAUCCGAAGAGAGCAAACAUGCGGCGAAAAAACGAAGGUCAUUAAUUACCUAUAUUGCGGCGGGUGUUGUUGUGGGUGUGAUUUGUGUGUAUGCAUAUUCGAAAUUAGCCUAAAGCAAAACCAGAGUGUUGCAAAUAAUGGUAAAUACAACUGAGCGGCGUAACGGCCGCAAUCAGCAACAAUUGAUAGUUAACUUUGUGUCGCGCACAUGCUCUAAAGCGCUCCAUCAUUUACAUAUACAAUAACGCUCUCGCCAAUAAUAUCAAUAACAACAAUGCGAAUAAGUUAUUAUUUAGAAUAUUUAAUGUUGAUUGAAUUAAUCAGAGUUAAUAUUUUGCAUGUAAUUGAGACGCAGAUUAUCCAAAUACAUUUACAAAAUACAUUCAUACAUAAAUUAAUCGCAAAUAGUACAUAGUUAUCUACAUAAAUUCAUACUUUUGAAUAAGAUGUAAAAUCUUGAAGCAUAUUUAUGAAAUGUUUACUUUACUAAUUUGACCGUUACUUUCCAAAGCAUUUGCGUAAUAAAUAUUUUCUCUUUUAUUGACAUAAAUACCUAGAGCUCUAUAUUUUAACUUUGGUUUCAGUUACUUAUAACCACAACACGCACAAGAAACCACACCCUAUGCACCUAAAAUUCAUACAUUCAGGCAUAGUUUUUACAUAUAUACAUACAUAUUAAUUUUUACAUAAGUCUCAGCCAAAUUAUUUACAUAUUUUUGAAAUCUAACAACAUAAACGUUUUACUAAAAAAAAGUCUAUUCUUACAAGUAGAACUCUUUAAGCUCAAGCCAGCUAACUUGUGACCUUGAACGAAAAUAUUUAGAGCAAUGAUAUUCAUAUCGAGCGCCCAAAAUGUGUUUUGUACACUUUCUAUUAGUUUGACCUAUCCAGCAGAAUUUUUUCUUACCGUUUCAGUAGUUUGGUAUACAUUUAAAUUGAAACUUAAGUUUUACAAAGUAUCAAAACAAUAUCUGCUCGAUUCGUAUUUGUAAUUAACCGCAAUAGACUGAGCAUAUGUAUAACGAAAACUAGAACAAAUUACAUCUGUGUAAAUAUUUACAAUUCAUAACAUUAUAUAAAAAAUAGUAGAGAAUAUAAGAUGAAUAGUACUAAGUUGAGAAAUGCCACACUUUUCUUUCUAACCGCACUAAAUGUUGCGCAAGAAUUUCCUUCAAUUUCUAAGGUAUUUUUAUACUUAAGCGUUGAGUUGAGAAGUCGCUGCUAAAAGCAAAUUUUAAUAAUCCGUAAACAUUCGAUUUUUUAACAAAAGUUAUCGAUAUAUUUGUUAAUUUUUAAGAACUGUAUUAGAUAUUUUUGUGCUAAAAAUUGCAAUUUUUACUUGCAUAUUAAACUCUUGGCGUUAGCAGUUAAAUUAUUUAGAGGUACAAUAAUUGUGCUGUAAUUUUCAAUAUUUCUAUUAAUAACUCAAAAUUCUCCCAACUUUCUUUGUAAAGUCUUCUGAGCACAAUUCUUAACUGGAUAAAAGUCCGGAUUUCUUACGCUUACAUAGACCACACGAAAGAUUUGUUAUGUAUACAUAGCACAGCACUGCAUAGACAAACAUUGCAUGUGAAGCAUAGCCGAAAUUAUAUUUUACACAACGCAUAGAAACUCAGCUGUUUUUAAAUGUUUCUCAGAUCACACAAAUGUGAAAUAUCAUAAAUGAAAAUGUCAAAUUGAAGUAUCACAACAAACGCAAUUAGAAAAAAAAGA